AUGUUGCACAUUCGCUCGAUGUCAGGGGAAGUCCUCGUGACAAUUGAGUUACAGAGCUUUCUCGACACGCUCGCAGGGAGCCCGCCAGUCCGGGCACUGAAGCAACACUUGCAAAGCUUCUGCGGGCAACCAAGAUUCCGGCAACGGCUGCUCUACUUGGAAGACAGUAUCGUGUUGAAUGACAACGACGACCUGAAGCCAGGCGAUGUUCGGCUCGUGCUUGUGAAUUUUAACUCGGCACCUGAAUUGCAAGAAGAGCUUCGGCAUGCUGCAGCAAACGGGCUUGCAUCAGUCGCGGAGAGAAUUCUGCAAAGGCCUCAAGACCCAAAUUUAGGUGAUCCAACCCCAUUGCUCAUCGCAUCCGAGCGCGGCCACUUAGAGGUGGCACGCCUCUUGUUGGAGGCGAAGGCCGACAAGGACAAGGCCAGGAACGACGGCGCCACCCCAUUGUGCAUCGCAGCUCACAACGGACAGUUGGAGGUUGCACGCCUUUUGCUGGAGGCCAAUGCGGACAAGGACAAGGCCCAUGAGAGUGGCACCACCCCUUUGUACAUCGCCGCUGAGAAAGGUCAUUUGGAGGUUGUACGGUUUCUGCUGGAGGCCAAUGCCGACAAGGACAAGGCCCAUGAGAGUGGCGCCACCCCUUUGUACAUCGCAGCUCAGAAUGGACAGUCGCAGGCUGUACGGCUUCUGCUGGAGGCCAAUGUGGACAAGGACAAGGCCUAUGAGUGUGGCGCCACCCCUUUGCACAUCGCCGCUGCGAAAGGUCAUUUGGAGGUUGUGCGGCUUCUGCUGAAGGCCAAUGCCGACAAGGACAAGGCCCGUGAGAGUGGCGCCACCCCUUUGUACAUCGCAGCUCAGAAUGGACAGUCGCAGGUUGUACGGCUUCUGCUGGAGGCCAAUGCGGACAAGGACAAGGCCCAUGAGAGUGGCGCCACCCCUUUGUACAUCGCCGCUGAGAAAGGUCAUUUGGAGGUUGUACGGUUUCUGCUGGAGGCCAAUGCCGACAAGGACAAGGCCCAUGAGAGUGGCGCCACCCCAUUGUGCAUCGCAGCUCACAACGGACAGUUGGAGGUUGCACGCCUUUUGCUGGAGGCCAAUGCGGACAAGGACAAGGCCUAUGAGUGUGGCGCCACCCCUUUGCACAUCGCCGCUGCGAAAGGUCAUUUGGAGGUUGUACGGUUUCUGCUGGAGGCCAAUGCCGACAAGGACAAGGCCCAUGAGAGUGGCGCCACCCCUUUGUACAUCGCAGCUCAGAAUGGACAGUCGCAGGCUGUACGGCUUCUGCUGGAGGCCAAUGUGGACAAGGACAAGGCCUAUGAGUGUGGCGCCACCCCUUUGCACAUCGCCGCUGCGAAAGGUCAUUUGGAGGUUGUGCGGCUUCUGCUGAAGGCCAAUGCCGACAAGGACAAGGCCCAUGAGAGUGGCACCACCCCUUUGUACAUCGCCGCUGAGAAAGGUCAUUUGGAGGUUGUACGGUUUCUGCUGGAGGCCAACGCGGACAAGGACAAGGCUCGUGAAGAUGGCGCCACCCCUUUGUUCAUGGCAGCUGAGACUGGGCACCUGGAGGUUGAACACCUUCUGUUGGACGCGACGGCUGACAAGGACAAGGCCAUGAACAGUGACACAGAGAAAGCGCAGCGGAAGGUUGAGUGCGUUUUGCGACAUGCCCAGAGCGAGAAGGCCCCGAACUUCCGUGCUGCCUCUUUCCGCGGUGCAGCUUGCACGGACAGUUGCACCGCAGUUUGCACGGGCAGUUGGAUGUUGCUCACCUCUUGCUGGAGACAGAGGCUGAAAAGAACCUUGCAAGAACCAGCUGCUACACCCUAA